AUGAGCAUCAGGACCCCACCCACACUUUUGCAGCUGGCAGCAGAGAGCCUGCUGAGGGACCAGGCCUCUGCCAUCGCAUCUCUGGAGCACCUGCCCGCCGAGCUCUUCCCAGAGCUGUUCAUUCAGGCCUACAGUAGUAGAUGCCACCAGGUCCUGAAGGCGAUCAUGCAAGCCUGGCCCUUCACUGUCCUCCCUCUGGGCUGUCUGCCAGACCUGUCACUGGACGAGGUCUUCAAAGCCGUGUUGGAUGGGCUUGACCUUCUGCUUGCCCAGGAAGUUCGCUCCAGGAGGUGCAAACUGUGGGUGCUGGAUUUAAGGAAACUGGGUUCAGACUUCUGGAGAAUGUGCUAUAGAGACAGCACCAAAAAGCCCUCCCCGACUUGUCCAAUGGAUGUGCACAGGUCCAGCCCCAACAUGGAGCACCCCUUAGCUCCCGUAGAGGUGUUCCUAGACCUUAACUGCAAUGAAUGGGACACUGAUGAGUUUUUCAUGUACGUCAUCCAAUGGGCCAAGCAGAGGGAAGGGCUGCUACACCAAAGCUGA